AUGGGAGAUGUCUCUGUUUACAAAGAAACAGGUGACAGGUUUCUCCAUGACAAAGCAUUUCGCCAUUCUUUUGCAGUCAUCAAAAUUGAGGCACUAACUAAUGGUAAUGUCAUUCCUCUCUUUCUUGAAGACGAGCCGAACUCGGUUCGAACUAACAGGCCUUUGCUUGAAGCAAUUGCAGAUGAAAAUAACAAUGCGUCUAGUUGUGUGUGUCUAAUCCCAUCAGAGGAGGAGAAGGAAUUUCUCAAAGGGAAACAACUGAAAAUUCAGGUAGAUGCUGGUGAGUGGAGAACUCACCAAGUCGUCUUUCAUAAUUCAAUGAUAGACGAGAAACUGGACCGUGCUGAAGGGGGUUUGGCAGGCAGUGGGUCCAGGUAUCUCUGCACAUUGUGUAAGGCCACAAGGGAGACAGCGAAAAGAGAAAUUGGCAGCUUCAGCAUAUGUCGGACAUACCAGGAAAAUGCUGAAAUUGCAGAAUAUGUCAGAACAAACCCUGAUAACCUUUCGAAGGAGCAGCUAGACACACUUGAACAAGGAGUUAAGUCUGCACCAAUUUUAAAGUCAGAUGCCAUAGAGAAAGGAAUUGAUGCCUGA